UUGGGAUCAUGUCCGGUCGGCCACUCGACCCGCAUCCAGUAGUACCACCACUUCUAUCCUGCAGGGGGCGCUGCUCUUUAACAAACGCCUCGGAGCAACAGGGUGCCGUCAUUGUAUAGAAUCUGCCGUUUUCCUCAACUUUUUUUUCCACCACUUAGACUGUGCUGCUGUUAUCAAGGCAAGGAGAAAGGAAGUAGCGCGACAGGCUAGCUGGUUAGCCGGUCUGAAACCAGAUAGUCUGUUAAGAAAGAGUAGACUUUAGAGGUUUUUUUUUCCAGAAACGACACUUCGUUAUUUAAUGUAAGCGUGAAAGGGGAUUGCGACUGAUUCAUCGGUUCUUUUAGUGUUCUUUCCACCCCGUGCUUAAACCUUCAAACUGAUUCAGCGCUGAGCUUUGUCUAGGACUUUGUCCACCGUUGUUAGCCUUCUUCAAACAAGUUACUCUUGUUUCUUUCAAAGGAGAAAACAAGGAAACAACCGAAAAGCUGCGACGUGGUUAUAAACUGAAAUUCUCAUCUGUCGGUUGAAUCGCGGGGGAUCCAAUGGAGGAUUAAACCAGGACAAUGAGACAAACAGCCGGGAAAGGUGCUGUGUGGUGAGACAGAAGUAGUGGCUGUGCGGCAUGGUGAGGCCACUCCCCCUGGCUCAGAAUGAGUGUCAGAGAUGGCGCUGCCACAAUGGCAACAAAUACAGGUGGAGGAGGAGGGGGAAUUGGACUUGCUAGCCCCAACGAUCACGAUGGCCGCACAUACGUGCUUCAGAUAUAUCCACGGUUGCCAGCCCAGCCUUCCACCUGCUGCAAUCUUAGAGUUAAAAAAGAUGCAACAACAGCCUCUGUGAUCUCAGAUGCUGCUACGGUAUUGGGGCUGGACCCUGGCCGUCUGUAUGUGCUGGCAGAGGUGAAAGAAUGUGGUGGGGAGGAGUGGGUACUGGAGGCCGGAGACUUGCCAGUGCAGCGGUUUCUGCUGUGGCCUCGAAAAGCCCAGGAGAAACAUCCUCAGAGCCUUGGCUUUUACUUCUUACUACAGGAGAGGAAUCAUGAUGGCUCCAUCCAUUAUGUCCACCUUCCACCCUUGUCCAAGGAACAGGAGCUCACUGUUAGGGGCUUCCUCCCUCCUCCACAGGACGAUUUUGCAGACCUCUGCAACCUGCCUGUCCUCAAUGAGGACAGCAUUUUAAACAAUCUACGCACACGCUUUCACAAGAAAAAGAUCUACACCUAUGCGGGCAGCAUCCUCAUUGCAAUCAACCCCUUUAAGUUCCUGCCUAUCUACAACCCUAAAUACGUCAAGAUGUAUGAGAACCACCAGCUGGGCAAACUAGAGCCUCAUAUUUUUGCUAUCGCUGAUGUGGCCUACUAUGCUAUGCUCAGGAAGAGGGUCAACCAGUGCAUUGUUAUCUCCGGGGAGAGUGGUUCAGGCAAGACCCAAAGUACCAACUUCCUGAUCCACUGUUUGACAGCGCUUAGCCAGAAGGGGUAUGCCAGUGGAGUGGAGAGAACCAUUCUAGGAGCUGGACCAGUCCUGGAGGCAUUUGGUAACGCCAAGACAGCCCACAACAACAAUUCCAGCCGCUUUGGAAAAUUCAUCCAAGUUAAUUAUCUGGAGAGUGGAGUGGUCCGAGGGGCUGUGGUGGAGAAGUACCUCCUGGAGAAGUCUCGCCUGGUUUCUAGAGAGAAGAACGAGAGGAACUAUCAUGUGUUUUACUACCUGCUGUUGGGUGCCUCAGAGGAAGAAAGAAAAGAGUUCAAAUUGCUGCCACCUGAAGAGUACUUCUACCUCAAGCAGGAAAACUUUAAGAUAGAAGAUGAGGAAGAUUUGCGUCAUGAUUUUGAAAGGCUGCAGCAGGCAAUGGAGAUGGUUGGCUUCCUUCCAGCCACUAAGAAACAGAUCUUUUCUGUGCUUUCUGCAAUCCUUUAUCUUGGCAACGUGACAUACAGAAGGAAAUCAACAGGACGAGAUGAAGGGUUAGAUGUUGGGCCACCAGAAGUCCUGGCUACUCUCUCGGACCUGCUAAAGGUUAAAGAGGAGUUGUUGGUCGAGGCGCUGACAAAGAGGAAAACAGUGACAGUCAAUGACAAGCUGAUCCUCCCCUACAGCCACUCUGAGGCCAUUACAACCAGAGACUCCAUGGCCAAAUCUCUCUACAGCGCCUUGUUUGACUGGAUUGUCCUACGCAUCAACCAUGCACUGCUCAACAAGAAAGACAUGGAGGAAUCUGUCCCUUGCUUGUCAAUUGGUGUACUGGACAUUUUUGGUUUCGAGGACUUUAAGACCAACAGCUUUGAGCAGUUCUGCAUCAACUAUGCGAAUGAGCAGCUGCAGUAUUAUUUCAACCAUCACAUCUUUAAUCUGGAGCAGGAGGAGUACCAAGCAGAGGGAAUCACCUGGCACAACAUCGACUACACAGAUAAUGUGGGCUGCAUCCAUCUCAUCAGCAAGAAACCUACUGGCUUGUUGUACCUUCUAGACGAGGAGAGCAACUUUCCACAUGCCACAGAUGAGACCUUGUUAGCCAAAUUUAAGCAGCAGCACCAAGGGAACAAAUACUUUGUACCCACACCAGUCAUGGAGCCCGCCUUUGUCAUCCAGCACUUUGCAGGGAAAGUAAAAUAUCAAAUCAAGGAUUUCCGGGAGAAAAACACAGACCACAUGCGCCCCGACAUUGUAGCACUGUUACGAAGCAGCGACAGAGCUUAUGUGCGGCAGCUUAUUGGCAUGGAUCCUGUGGCCAUGUUUCGAUGGGGCAUCCUGCGAGCUACAAUCAGGGGUAUUGCUGCUUUCAAUGAGGCCGGUCGCUCCUGGGCAGCCAAAAAAUCAGGUGUUAUCCGUCCAGUCUCCAGAACUCCUUUAGGAGAGCUUCAAAGGUCCAAUGCCCCAAUAGAAAGAAUGUACAAACGAGCCUCUAUGCUCGAUUUCUACUUUGAUCACUCAGAGGAGCGUCCUUUAGAGGCCUUUGAAGACAUCUUUGCUAGCUAUGAAAAUAAAAAAGAUAUGCAUGCAGAGAUCAUCAGCUCCAUUAAGAGCUUGCAGCUGGAUGGUGAGGACCCUCGCAAGCUGCUACAAUCCUGGGGUCGCCUUCGCUUCCCACGACACGUCCUCCAGAAAAACAAGAGCAUCAAGCAGAGGCAGGCCAUACCCAAGAGUUUGCUGGAUUCUCGAUCUUUGAAGUUCAUUGUGAGUUUGACACUGCAUGAUCGCACUACCAAGUCUCUGCUCCACCUGCACAAGAAGAAAAAAACCCCCAGCAUCAGUGCACAGUUCCAGAACUCCCUGACUAAACUCUUAGAAACUCUGAACAAAGCUGAGCCUUAUUUCAUUCGCUGUAUCCGCUCCAAUGCUGAGAAGAAGGAGAUGUAUCUGGAUGAGGCCUUGGUGUUUCAGCAGCUGCGUUAUACAGGAAUGCUGGAAACUGUUCGCAUAAGGAGGUCAGGCUAUGGAGCCAAGUACACAUUCCAGGAGUUCAUAGAACAGUUCAGGGUUUUGCUGCCAAAGAACGCCUCUGCCUCAAAAGAAGACAUCUCGACUCUGCUUAAAAGGAAAAUGCGCCUUGACCCAACCACAUUCCAGAUAGGCAAAACUAAGGUGUUCCUGAAAGAGCUAGAGCGGCAGCAGCUGCAGGAUAUGCUGCACAAGGAGGUGAUGCGGAAAAUCAUCUUUCUUCAGCGCUGGUUCAGAGCUCGCCUGCAGAGAAAAGAGUUUCUGGACAUGAGACAGGCGGCCAUCUUGAUUCAGCAUUUGUGGCGUCGGUACUGCAAAGAAAGACAGCGGGCUGCCACUGUGAUCCAGGCUGUAUGGAGAGGGCACAGACAGAGGUCAGAGUACAGCCGACAAAGACAAGGUGCCACGAAAAUACAAGCCCUGGUCAGAGGACACUCUGCACGCAGAAGGUGUCAAUCCAUGCGUGAGUUAAAAUGGAAGAAAGAGGAAGAGGAAAAAGAGGCCCAGAAGAGAGCAGAAGAGGAAAGGAGGAAGAGGGAAGAGGAGGAGGAGGAGGCAAGGAGAAAACUAGAAGAGAGGCUGAGAAUGGAAGAAGAGAUGAGGAGAAAGAUACAAGAGGAGGAGGCAAGAAGAAGAGCAGAGGAAGAAGCAGCAGCCAGGGAAGCAGAGAAACAAAGGAAGGAAGAGGAGAAAAGCCUGGCAAGAGAACCUCAGACAAGAGAGGAUCCAGAUAUUGAGCUGGUCACGGAAGAGAUGCUGGAUAAAAACCUCCCUAUCCCAGAGAUGCAGGCAAGAGAUGAGGGCAAGGAUGAGAACGAGGGAGGAGAGGAGGCUGACGAAGUAAAUGGUAGCUCACAAACAGAUGAAGAGGUGGAGGAUGAGGAGCAGGAUUCUGAGACUUGUGGUACCCUGGCUGAGGCUGGACCCCAGCCAGAUGACAAGGAGGAAGAGGAUAAUUUAGAGAGCCAAACAGGAGAACAGUUGCAUUCAAAACCAGGUCCACCCUCAGAUGGGGUCAGCUCUAAUGCACUUACAUCCAUACGUCAACCUCAAGGGGAGUAUCAACAGGCCAGCACUACCUCCUAUCUAUCUUCACAUGCUGAACAAAAGAGACCACAACCUUCUACCCUCAACAAAGGUCUUUCAUCCAGGAGUCAGGAGAAGAGAGAGCAAAGAAGACGAAGAGGACUGGAGCACAGCCAGAGAGAAACUGAGCGAGUAGCCUCAGCUUCCUCCUCUUCAGGCACCGACAAGGAUCAGACAUCCUCACCUAAGAGCAAAAAUCAGGAGGGGGCUAAACUGAAAGAGCGGUCAGACAGCAAAGAACUGGACCAGUACACCUUUGUAGCAUGGAAAGUGAAAGAGGACAAGGGAGGGAAAAAGGAGGCAAAAGCGUCUCCCCCCUCUGCUGGUCCUGUCCGUCCAACCACAUUAGCCCUGCAGCCCACUGACUCUUUGCAUGAGAAAAAUGGCUUAGGUGAGGGUGUCGGACCUGUAACUCUGCAACGUCGCCCUGGAGCAAUAAAGGAGAAGCCUGAGAAGUGGAAGGAAAGGAGUAGCAAUGGGGAACACUCUGAGGGAACUGGCUCUUCUCCACCUCACAACAGAGAGGAGAGGACAAAAAAAGCACAACUGAGCGAAACACUUUCAUUGAUUGACAGUUUCAGUCGUGGCUCUGAAGGGGCUGGCGUCAUUUCAGUCAAAGAGAUAAUUUCCCCAUCAGAGAGUCAUGCUGAUGGCUUUAAAGGAAGUUCCAUCAGGAGGAAAAUCCAGGAGGGUUCUGCUCAGCAAGACUCGACUCACUCCAUCCCAUCCACACCAGACAGGUCCGGUGGUUUUUUCAGCAAGAUUUUGAAAAAACUACCCCACAAGGAAGCCCAAACUCCAGACAAUGGAGAGCUGACAUUUGCUCAAAUUUCAGCUCUCAAUGAUAAGUCAACUACAGGGGAAGCUCCAGCUUCCGGACACCUGUCUAGGCACCCUUCCCAGCCCCACAGUGACCGCGCUGUUAAAAAUCUAGGCAGAAACCCCACCAUCAAGAUCAGCCGCGCCACACGGGUCUCUGAGCAGUGGAAUGCCUCACUGGACAGAGAGAUCACAAAUGCCAACGAGCUGAGGCACCUCGAUGAGUUUUUGGGCAACCAGGUCAAUGAUUUCCGUUCCAGAGGCAAGUCGCUGUCUGCUACAGAAGCCAUCUUUGUUACAGCCACCAUGCAAUUUAGAGAGAAUAUCAAAGCCAUGUAUUCUCUCCCAAAGCCCACCAUUGGCUACAAAGGACUAAUGAGUGGUUACCAGAACAAAGUGCUCCACCUAGCAGGCAGCAAACAAAAAGAAGAAGUUCAACUUGUUGUCAACCUGUUUCAAUCAGUGCUAGAUGGCUUCAUCAGAGGAGAGAUAAAGAAGGAGGAGGCUGAACCUGCAAAGCCUGCCAAAGCCAGAAAGAAGAGGAGGAAGAAAGAUAAAAGUAUGGAAAGCCCCCUGGACCACGUUUUCAUCAACUAUCAGGUCAACAUUAUGCAGUCAUGUGACCAGUGUGCCUCUUACAUCUGGGGCAUGGAAAAAGCCUACAUGUGCAGCUAUUGUAAAAUGGUAUGUCACAAGAAGUGCCUGGGCAAAAUAGUCACCGACUGCUCCACCUUCUGUGCCAAAAAGAGUGAUGAAGAGUUCACCGGACAGCACUUUGGAGUGCGUGUGGGUCACCUUGUCAGUGAUAAAAAUCCAGUUCCCAUGGUGCUGGAGAUGAUGCUGGAGCAUGUGGAGAUGCAGGGCCUCUACACCGAGGGGAUCUAUCGCAAAUCGGGCUCUGCCAACCGCAUGAAAGAGCUGCACCAGCGACUGGAGACAGAUCCUCAUCUAGUCUGCCUCGAGGACUAUCCCAUCCACACGGUGACUGGCCUGCUGAAGCAGUGGCUGAGGGAGUUGCCGGACCCCCUCAUGACCUUUACACAUUACAGUGAUUUCCUGCAUGCAGUGGAACUGCCAGAGAAGCAGGAGCAGCUUCAUGCCAUCUAUAAAGUGCUGGAAGAGCUUCCUACUGCAAACUUCAACACAUUGGAGCGACUUGUCUUUCACCUUGUCAGGGUCUCUAAAGAAGAGGUUCACAACCGCAUGUCCCCCAACUCGUUGGCUAUAGUGUUUGCACCGUGUAUUCUGCGUUGCCCCGACAGUGCUGACCCGCUACUCAGCAUGAAAGAUGUUGCCAAGACAACCACGUGUGUGGAGAUGAUCAUCAAUGAACAAAUCAGACGCUAUAAUGAGAAGAUGGAGGAGAUCGAGCAGCUGGAGUACGCCGAGGCUCUGGCUGUUAACCAGCUCAAACUCAAAAGAAAGAACACGCACUACUGGCAUUUACCUCUCAGGUUCUCAGCUCCUUACAAAGGAGUGGUGGUGCAUGAGAAGGCCAGUUCUGAUCUCAGCGUGGUCCCUGAGAAUGAGCCGCUGGACUCAGACACUGAGGCUGAGAAGAAUCUGGUGGAACGCAUCAAGUCCAUCAAACAGGAGAAAGAGGACCUGGCCUGUCGGCUACCAGAGUUGGAGCAGCCUGGUUCGGACCAAGAAAACCUGGACUCUGAAGCCUCACUAAGCUCCGAGAGUCUUCUGGAUGAACAGCAGCGCUCUUGUGCCCAGAGCUCAGAACCGGAAGGACGAGUUGGCGUUCAGCUUAGGAGACACAGGCCCAAAUCAUCAGAUGUUGCCCAGCGACCUAAAGUCCCAGGUGGACGCGCCGCUCUGCUAAACCUCACCCCUGCCAGCUCCACUUCCUCUCUGUCUAGCUGCGCUUCUUCAACCUCUGAGACCUCCAACACUUCCCUCAGGCAUCCUCUGCAACGCCGCAGGCCUAUCAUCCCAGACACAGUUAAACUUCCCCCAGGUGGCAUCUCCCGGCCUGCAGCCUUGAGUCAAGCUCAGACUUGCACUCCUCCUGAAAAUAAAGCAUUCACGCAUUUGCUCAGGAGAAAAGAGCAGCCCGGCCGCCGUAAAGACAGCACACAGUCCCUGUACAUAGAUUCCACUCAGUAUGACCUGCUGUUGCAGUUUUCCUCCUGCCCUCCCUCUGCUUCCUCCUCCUCCAGCUCUGUGGUAACCCCCGCUCAUCAGCUGCAGCACCAUGAGAUGGAAGCCUCAAAGGGCCAGAGACGCUUUUCUGACCCCGACAUACCCUACAUGGACGAUGAUGUCUGAUCACAUCAGACAGCAACAGAGGAAUAACAGACAAAGGCUCCAACCUAUAACUAGACAAAUAAGAAAAUACAUUUAAAAAACAGCAUUCGGAGCUGAGGUGAGGAUAAGAAUUAUGGCAUGUGUGUGAAAAACAAUGAACAAGAUGGUGUGUACAUUUUCUGCCGGGACUCCACCAAGUCACAUUGACUUAGGACAGAAUGUUCCAGCUGCUGUCGGAGGGAAACUAAUCAAGGCGCUGCAAAUGUUUUGAAAGUCUGUCGUCUUAUAUGACGGUAAAAAUAACUAGAGGUUGUUGCCAAGCAACUUUUCUCUUUUUGAUAAAUUGUGGUUACUGUUGAUGAGUUCAGUUGGACCAGAGGCUGCAUCUUCUGUGACCUCAUUUCUUUUUUUUUUUUUUUGUGCUCAAUUCAAAAAAAUGUUGCAGGUUUCAGUCGCACUUUUUCUUUUUUAUUCUCCUAAUGAGCAAAACAUGCUCACUGAAUUGUUAGCUAGUGCCUUGAUAAUGUACAUCGAGUUAAUAAGUAAUUUCUCACAUAAUUGUAGAGCAUUGAUUGUAGAUGGAGGGGGGGAUUUGGACUAAAGAUGGAGCUUUUCUCUCAGGCUUCUGAGUUUAUUGUACUGAACCGAUACAAGACGUGUUAAGACUGAGGACCUAAACAUUCACACUCUGGUUUUUAUUUUAUUUUAUUUUAUUUUUUUUCAUUUUUUACUUGCUGCAAAACAAAUGCCAGAUAGGAAGUCAUUGCUUUCAGAUAGCAAAGGGAAAUGGGAGCAGCACAUGCCACUUUCACCCAUGAAACUAAGAAAAACACACACCCAACCAUGACGCCCUGCGACGAUGUCUUUAAAGCUUCCCGAGCUAACCUUCCUAUAGAAGGAACGUGGCCUCACUCAGCUGUGGACAGCCCCGUGUUGAUGAUGAUCUGAAGCACAGCUCUUGCCAACAUUGUAUGAAAUGCAAUACUAAUGUUCCUCUGUGACUGCUGAAUGAUGUCUGAUAGUUUGUCUGGAGUUUGGAAAUGAUGUACUGAUGUGUAAUGUGUAAGACUGUAUGUUUGGGAUUGUAUGACAUGAGUUGUAAUGGUUAUUAGUAUUAACAUGAAAAUACAGUACAUGCUUGUAAAA